AUGCACGUGUGUCUUGUUCAAAUCUGCUUGAAUUAUGGAAAUGGACUCCAUGUGAAGGUUUAUAAUCGAAAUGGCAGGAGCGGUGUGUUAUCUCAUGCCAACAGCCUGGUCAGACAGAAGCGAGAAUGGACAGUCCCUCCAGCUUUCAUACGGGAAGAGGAGGACAAUUCCUAUAAAAAUCCAAUCGCUAGAAUACAUUCUGAUCUUGAAGAUACAGGGAUAGUGGUGACUUACACUAUAUCUGGUCAAGGAGUAACAGAACCCCCUUAUGGAUUAUUUGUUAUCAAUGGAAAGACUGGAGACCUGAACGUAACAGGAAGGGUUGACAGAGAAAAGACACCAAUGCUGUUUCUCAGAGGUCAUGCGCUAGAUAAGACUGGAGCAAAACUGGAAGAGCCAAUAGACCUCCCAAUUAAAAUUCUGGACAUAAAUGACAAUCCUCCAGUGUUUACACAUGAAGUUUUUGUUGGUUCAAUUGAAGAAUUAAGUGAAACAGGUACCAUUGUAAUGAGGGUAAAUGCAACAGAUGCAGAUGAACCAAACAACCUAAAUUCCAAAAUUGCUUUCAAAAUCAUUUCCCAAAGCCCUAGUGCUGCAUUCGAUAUGAACAAGGAUACUGGCGAGGUUCGAGUAGCAAAAAUAAACCUUGACAGAGAGACACAAAGUAGCUAUUCUUUGGUGGUGGAAGGAAAAGACCGUGGUGGUGAAUUAGGUGGGAAUGCUGCAACAUGUUCUUUAGAAAUCACGAUUUUGGAUGUCAAUGACAAUCCGCCUGUGGUUGAAAGUCGUUCAUUUGAAGGAAGCAUUGAAGAAAACAGAGCAAAUGUGGAAAUUAUGAGAAUAAAAGUAUUUGACAAAGAUGAAGAGUUUUCUGAUAACUGGCUGGCAAACUUUACAUUUGUUUCUGGUAAUGAAGGUGGCUUUUUUCGUAUAGUAACAGAUAGACAAACAAAUGAAGGAAUUUUGACUCUUGUGAAGGCACUAGAUUAUGAAAAAACCCAAAUCCAGAACUUGGGCAUUGUUGUUACAAACAAAGCAGAAUUCCACAAGUCAAUUAAACAGAGUUAUAAAGUACAAACAAUCCCAAUCAAAAUUAAUGUGAUUAAUGUGCGGGAAGGUGUUGUAUUCCCUGGUGGCACAAAAAUUAUUCAAGCAAGUGAAAAACUGGAGAUAAGGCAGGUUAUUGGACAGUAUCAAGCCUAUGAUGAAGACACUGGAAAACCAGCACAGAGCAUUAUAUACGUGAAAGGAAGAGACACAGCAAACUGCAUCACAAUAGACUCAGUCACGGCUGAAAUCCAACUUGCCAAAAAAAUCGAUUACGAAUCAUCUUAUGUAGUAAAUGGUACCUACACUAUCACCAUAUUGGGUAUAACUACUGAUGUUCCUCAGAAAACGGCCACCGGCACCAUCAUUAUUCAAGUUAAAGAUGAGAAUGAUAACUGCCCAGUUAUUGUGAACCCUGUGCGGACCAUAUGUGCAGAUGCAAAAUUAGUUGAUGUUACAGCUCAUGAUUUGGAUGGUUACCCAAACAGUGAUCCUUUUAGCUUUACUGUCAUUGAUGAGCCAGAAGGGACAGCAAGAGAUUGGAUAAUUGCAUCCAGAAAUGGCACCAGCAUACAGCUGGCACCACAAAACCUGAAGCUGGGCAGAACUGAAGUUCCCAUCCUAAUAGAGGAUUUCCAGGGGUUCAGCUGUGCUGAGCGACAGUCUCUGCAACUGACUGUUUGUGAGUGUACAGAUGACGGCGCGUGCAACGAGAAAAUUACUGGCACUACGUCAGUGGGUCUGGGACCAGGAGCGGUUGUGCUAAUCAUCUUGGCAUUUUUACUUUUGCUGCUUAUUCCACUGUUACUGCUGCUGUGUCCCUGCGGCUCGGGAGCGAAGGGAUUUGCUACGAUACCAGACUGCAGUGAAGCAAUGUUGCGUCAGUGGAACAGCGAAGGGGCAGCUCCCGAGGAGAAGGCACUGCUAAGCCUCAUCCCACCCACUGCGCUGGAGCACACGAGAGGAGCGACCGUCGGAGCAGCAACAGCAGCGGUGGCAGCAGCGGGAAUGAGUGGAGAGGGAACUGCAGCAGGAGGAGGCAGCUCUGCCGCUCACAUAAGAGAGCAUCACAGCACUAUUAACAAGGAAAGAUGGGAAGAGCAAAGACGUCUCCUUUCUGCUGCCGAGUAUGGAGCCCUGGCAGCUGGAGCAGUGGGAGCGGCAGGAGCCAUGAAUGAAGAAUUUUUAAGAGACUACUUCAAUGACAAAGCUGUCUCUUUUGCGGAUGAAGAUGAAGCCCAAGCUGCGAACGACUGUCUCCUGGUUUAUUCCCAGGGAGAGUCCGGCUCCCCCCACGGCUCCAUCGGCUGCUGCAGCUUUAUUGAGGGUGACCUGGACGACCGCUUUCUUGAUGAUUUAGGAGACAAAUUUAAGACUCUAGCAGAAAUAUGCAUAGGCAGACAGAUUAACAUGAAAGACAGCUCCAGGAGUGAAUCAGGUUUCGGUCUUAGUGACACGAAGUCGCGGUUCUUAGAUCAGCAAAAUGCUUCCAGCUCCGAACAAGGCUUUGCCUCGGGCAGCAGCCCCCAGCCCGCCCCACCAGUGCUCGCGGGCGGUGGCACAGGAGAAGGCACCAUGUCCAAGGAGGUGCUCACGGAAACAACCUUUGCAUCCCGCUCUGGGCAGCACGACGCCCGGCCCCUUCCCACAGCCCACACGGAGACCAAUUUCACCGUGACGGAAACAUCCUACUCCGCGGGGGCUCCUGCCCGCUCGGCCGCUGUCUUUCUAGACCCCCAGUUUAAGGAGAACGUAGUGGUGACAGAGAGAGUGCUGGCACCCGCAUCGAGCUUGCAGGGUAUGGUGGAAAUCCCCGAUUUACCGCACGGAAGUAACGUGGUGGUUACGGAGAGGAUGGUGAAGUCAGAGGGCACCGGGCCAGGAGCCCUGCUGGUUGAGGAUCUCCCUGACUCCCAGUACGUUGUGGUGAGGGAGCGGGAGAGGGUGCUCGUACCCGCUGCAGAGCAGGGCUCGCUCAGCCUCCCCUCCUCGGUGGCGGGGCACAACGUGGUGGUGAAUGAAAGGGUGGUGACAUCCUCAGGGAUGCAGAGCAGAGCCGAACAGGCAGCGGACUCUCUGCUUAACCAGGCGGGCUCCAACUUAGAGGGGUCUCCUCCUGCCAGUGCCACGCUGAGCAAGUCUUCCAGGGUCACCAAAUACAGCACGGUGCAGUACACUCGCUCGUAG